AUGAAGGCACUCUUUAGUAAUUUGCAGGAUAUGCGAGACACCCCCACCAUAUUAUUCACAUCCUCGGAAGAUCACAUACGGGAUCUAUUGCGGGAAUGUUUCCGCGAAAAUAUGCUCAAUGUGUUGGCAAUUAGAGGCUCAAACCGAGAGUUUGUCUACAGCUUUCAGGCCUUUCCCAGAUUUCGCAUUAUUAAGCGAAGUCUAGCGGAAACUCAUCGGUACUUUGAGCCACAACUCAAGGAUCUAGGGGGCUAUACCAUCAAGACUCUACCCGACAACAUAAUGCCCCGAACUGUGACCUACCGAAAUGCUGAUGGCAAUCGCCAGUUGGGCGGAUACCUGAGCCACUUUAUCCGAAACUAUGUGAGCACCAUAAACGCCUCUCUCGAAAUCUGUUGGGAUCUAGUUCCGGAGGAGGGCAUAAUCCCCUCGCUGGAUAACAUAACCCUCUCGGAGGAGAGACACUGGGACCUUCCCCUGGGCUUCGAUGGUCUAGAGAAAAGGACAUUGAAACAGAACGUUAUAAUGGAGUUGUCCAGUUGGUUCCUGAUGCUGCCCAUGGAGCCCGCCCUUCCUCGCGCCAGUUUCUACUUGAGAUUCGGUUUAUACAGGCUGAUACCUUUGAUGUUACUGGUAGCAAUGGUGCUAAGUAAUGCCCAUCGGAUAGACUUGGGCUUGGGUCCCACAUGGCGCUGUAGUUCAGUGGGAAGUAAAGUCCUGCGAGGAGUCCUGGCACAGCCAUUUAUCCUACCCAAAAGACUCUCCCCCAAACUGAUGUUCAUCUACUGGCUGCUCCUCCUAAGUGGUUUCUUCGUAAGCAACUAUAUUAUUGUCUACCUCACCACUUGGCUCGUUCAUCCACCAACUUUGGAGCCAAUAAAAGACUACGAGCAGAUGCGUCGCCUAAAGCUGAACAUCCUCACCGUCCCCUCGGAACUGGAUUACCUAAAGGCCACCAUGGGCAUGGAGUUCGUAGAGACCCGCAGAGAUAUAUUUCAGAUCACCGACCCGUCGGAUUUCCAGAGGAAGCGCAUGUCAAUGGACCAAUCGUACGCCUAUCCAGUGACUUGCACCUUGUGGCCUCUCUUGGAACAAUCACAACUCAGGCUUCGUCAGCCCAUAUUCCGCCGGUCGAAGGAGAUAGUAAUUCUACCGCUUAUUAUCAUGUCUAUGACACUGCCGAAUAACUCGGUGUUUCAAAAGUCUCUCAAUCGAUAUAGGCUACACACUCAUGAGAGCGGACUCUACCAGUUUUGGUUCAGACAAAGUUUCUACGAAUUGGUGACCCUAGGAAACAUCUCAUAUAAAGAGGAUAUGGACUUCGAAACCUAUUUUGAUCUCAAGUGGGAGGACUUUCAAUUUAUUUGGCUGGGCUUCGUAGGCGGAAGCAUCACUAGUUUCCUGGUGUUCCUGGCCGAGAUUGGAUACUACUAUACACCAAAAUAA